AUGUUCGGACUUGUAUUAGGACUAUCCGUUUUAAUAUUAUUGUUAAUUUAUGUAAGUGGAAGAUACAAUGAAAAUUACUGGAAUAAGCGAAAAGUUAAAUUUUACCAUAGAAACAAAGUAACCGGCAUUUUUUGGGAUUAUUUAACUAAAGACAGGGCAUUUUUCGAAUAUUUGUACGAGAUUUACAAGGAAUACCAAAGUGAACCGGCUAUAGGGCUGGGUGGAUUACUCACCCCUACUUUGUAUGUGAUGGAUCCAACUAAUGUACAACACGUAUUGGCGUCUGAUUUCCAUUCCUUUAAUCAUAGAGGAAUAACUAUUAGUGAAGGCGACCUUCUUGCUAACAACAUACUUCUUAUGAACGGUAACCGGUGGAAGCUUGUGAGGCAAAAUUUAACUCCACUUUUCACAUCAACGAAGUUGAGGGCUAUGUACUACAUUAUUGAUAAAAGUGCCAUUGAUUUUAUGGAACUUCUUAAAAGUACACCUGAACUAUUAAAAGGUAAUUUAUUUGAUACACUGUCUUCCUUCUGUAGUGCUGCAAUUGGAGCUGCCGUGUUUGGCGUUGGAACUCAGUCCAUAUUUGACUCACCGUUCCUGGCCAUGGCUCGAAAUUCAUUCGAACCAAAUACUAUAAAUAAUAUCAAAUUCUCUUUGGCAAGUAUAAGUACGACUGUAUGUAAAUAUUUGGAUGUGAAAUUUUUUACAAAGCACGAAAAGUUUUUCAUCGGUGCUAUCAAGCAGAUAAUAGAAGAAAGAAAAAAAGAAAACGUUAAAAAGCACGAUUUUGCAGACAUUUGUGUCACUUUACAGAAGAAUGGGAAGUUAAUUGAUAAAGAAUCAGGCUUAGAACUAGAACCGACUGAUGAGCUUUUAGCCGCUCAAGCGUUCUUUUUUUACUUUGCUGGCGUGGAACCUACAGCGACAGCAAUAUUUGCAACAUUAGUUGAGUUAGGUCGCCACCCUGAAUUUUUAGAAAAGGUUCAAAAUGAAAUUGACGAGGCGUUUAUUAAGAAUGAUAGUAAAAUGAACUACGACAUUGUUUCAAAUAUGUCAUUCCUUGAUAUGGCUUUUAACGAAGCGAUGAGGAUGCAUCCGCCCAUAGCAUUUUUAACAAGAGAAUGUGUGAGAGACACGGUACUCCCCAUCGGCAACAUUAAAGUUGAUAAAGGAACCAGGAUUUACACACCAAUAUUCGAAUACCACCAUAAUGAAAAACACUUCGAGGAUCCUGAAACUUUUAAACCAGAAAGAUUUUCCCCAGAAAAUAUACAUAAAAUAGCAGAUAUCAGUUUUAUGCCGUUUGGAAAGGGCAACAGAAUAUGUGUAGGUAUGAGAUACGCUAAUCUUCAAGCGAAAACUGGACUGAUUUACUUGCUACGUAAAUUCACAGUGAAUACGAUUAUAAAGGCAGGAGGAAUGAGGUAUAGCAAACAGCAAUUACAAGUGAGACUCAAUAAUGUAGAUUUAGAAUUAUCCCCCAGAACUCCUAGAUGCCAAUAA